AUGUCCCUCUAUCUUUGCGUCGAUUGUGGAGGCUCGAAGACGUCCGCUGUGAUUAGCAACGCUGCAGGCACAAUCGUCGGUCGAGCGCUUGGUGGCCCAUCCAAUUUUGCAUACCUCAGCGCUGAGGACUACAUCACUGCAGUCCGCCUGACUGUCAGCGAUGCUCUCAAGUCUUGUGUGUCUCCUCCGUCUGUCGACCCCGUUCCCUUGCCUCCAGUAGGCGAGACGCCAUUCGCGGCUGCUUGGUUCGGUGUUUCGGGCCUAGAUUCUCCAACAGCCAUGGCAGAAAUCACCCCCAUACUCUCCGACUUGCUUGGCUUACCAGCUGGUCCCCGUCUAUCUGUUGCCAAUGAUACGCAUCUUCUUGCUGCUCCUGUCCGGCUGUAUGCCGAUGUACAUCAUGCCGUAGGGGUCAUCUGCGGGACCGGAUCCAUCGCUGUCUCUUUCAUAGAGACAGAGUCCGGAUUCGAUCAGCUGGGGCGGAUAGGCGGCUGGGGCUGGAUUUUGGGCGACGAAGGUGGAGGAUUCCAUGUCGGACGGGAGGCGGUUCGGCAGAUGGUUGCUGCGACAGAUUGUGCCUCUGUCACAGACGCACCUCCGCCGAACAGCAUAAUGACUGAGCGUAUUCUGGAACGCUUCGGCCUUUCCGAAGUUCUCGAUGUCCUGGUGCCAGUACACAUGCCAGACCCGGCUGCGUCUCUAUUCGCACCAAGCUCUUUGCCUCAUUUCUCUAUGGUGCGCGAAAAACGGCUGUCGUCUCUUGCACCCAUAGUGUUCCAAUCGGCCUUUGAGGACUCGGACCCUCUGGCUCUCCAAGUGCUGCGCACGACUUCGGAGACCAUCGCGUCUCAAAUAGCUGUGCUUCUGGGCGAAAAGACCGCCUCCAGACCCAAGCUGGUCCGGGCGAAUGAGGCUGUCGUGUGCUUUGGAGGAUCUCUUGCCGGGAUUGAGGCCUAUCGAACGCUCAUUCUCGAUGCUUUGAAGGAGAAAGGACACAUCUUCAAAUACGUUGAAUUCGUGGAUGACGCCGCUGCGACUGGAGCGAUCGGUCUCGCGGCUUCACACAAGCACUGA